GUUGAUCAGAGGAGGUGGGCGGGGCUUGAGUGAAUUGGAGCGUCCAUGCCCGAUGAUCAAACUUCCCCUUGUGCACAUUUUGAUUAGAAAACUAAUUUAACCCCAAAAUUGAAGCGUUUUACUCAGAUGGGAGGAAUAUCUGGAUCACUUUAGCCCAGUCAUGGAGGUUUUUGUUCUGCUGGGACGCGCGUUAUCUCCUGGAGGCUGAUCUCUCUGUUUUCUCUCAGGACAGGCCGUCACCUUCUCCUGCAAUCACCCCGCUCCGCUUCACCGGCACUGUUGCAGGCGGUGUUGAAUUUGCACACGGUGCGAAGAAUGGUAGUCACAAGGCUGCAUCACACAUUUCACUAUUUGCACCCUGGACGGAUUAAGAAGGAUGUCUAAGGAGUGUUAAAGUGGGUUUUUAUCAAGAGGAGACAAACUCUUGGAAAAUUUCAGGAAUUACUUUUACUAGUCAAAACUACGGGCUUUAAAGUUUUUAAAAAGUUCUCUCGGACAUUUUUACAUUUUUUGGUCAUCUUUUUGGGCAUCCUUUCGGUUUGGAGGACUUUCCUGCCGAUUGUAUCUCCUGAAGGCAUCAGUGAUGUUCAUGAACAAGGCUUCAGAGAAAAUCCCCCUUGUUGGGGAUUUAAAGAACACAUAUGCAAUUGUAGAAAGGUAAGGUUUUAUUUUCAAAGUUAGAGACAACACUUAAUAUGAGGACAUCUCCUUUUAACAUUCAGAAAUCAAUCUAAGUUUUUAUUUAUUCUAAUUGUCCAUGUCAUAUAUUUGUUUGUUAAUUAAGUGAGUUUUAUUGGAUCAUUAUUUGCAUUUACAUUUUACCCGUAUCUUGAACUAAGAGUCAUUGUUGUGGUCUUGAUUUGGGGCAGUGUCUUUGCUCACGUUCCUGUCUGUAGUCUGCUGGUUUUUUCACACGGGGCUGGUCUGGGGUCUGCAGGGAUUAGCAGUGUGCAAACGUGCAUUUCACUGAGUUUUCUUUUUUAAGUAGUCCUACUGUUCAGAUUCAGGUCAUCCCUGAUGGAGAUGUGGCAGAAACACAGGGCGGUGUGCACAUGGAAACCUAAUGAACAUAUUUACCCUAUACUAUGUCGUCAUAUAUUAAGACUCAAAUCAAACAUUAAACAACAUUAAUCAGAUAUUAAAGUAAGAAGAGACAAACUAAAAGAAUUAAAAUCAAACGUUAAGCUCCAACACUUCUCCAUAAGUGUCCCAGCUCAAUCUAAGCAUCCUACACCAUGGCUGAAAACAUGUGAUACCAUCAGAGGUUCUCCAAGAAACAUACAGAGAAGGUGUUUUUGCACAUAUCCCUCAGCUGGUGAUUUAUCUCCACAGCUCUCAAAUUUGGCGAGUCAGAUUAAAUUUAAGAAAGAAACAUUUGACAGCUCAUUUUUCAUUAAUUCCAUAUUAACCUUUACUCAGGAUUAUAGCACUUAAUAGAUGGCUAAACCUGUUGUUUUAGAUUACAUCAGGGAAAAACGGAGGUAUUUGUGGAUUAUUAGUGAGCCUUCAGAUGAAGCGAACAGUCUCAACCUGGGCGUUUUUUUCUGUAUUCAUAAUUUCACACUUUUCCCCUUCGCAGCUUCAAUUCAGCUCAUUUUAAGGAAACUCAAGCUGGUCGUGGUUGUAAUAUUACUUCAUAAUAGUCAUCAGGCACAUGACCAUUUGCUGUUGGCUGACUUGGCUUUAUAAGCAUAUAAACUGCUACUCUGAUUUCCUAAAGCUCUUUAGUGACUUUUUAAAGUACUUUUAUACAGUAAAAUAACUUCGACUUUUUUCAUCUACUCAUACGUGUGCGUAUAUGUAUGCUUAAUCAGAUUUAUGUAAGUGCUUAAAUUGUCAGCUAAGUAACAUACAAGUGGAUUUGUUUAUCAGUUAUGUUGAUGAAUUAUUGAACCUCACCCUCAAGAACGGUUGAAGAGUCAGCUGUUGGGUAAAGAGGUUUAAACAUAUGGUGUGUCCCAAAUCGCAUACUUCUAUACUACAUACUUAAAGUUUUGAGUAUACUCAACUCAAAAUGGAAAAAAGUAUGGAUAGUAUGCGAAAAUUAAGUAUGCAAAAGUACCCGGAUGAUGUACUCAAAUAGGUCAAAAUUUUGAGUACCGACUGUGGACACUCACCCGCACUCAUUUCAUCAGUAAGAAUGGCUUUAUCGGGCUGUAUUCAGGUGUUUUUUCAGUAAUUUGUUGAUCAUAUUGAUUUGAUAGAAGUAUAUAAAAGUAUGUAUCAAAUAUGAUACAUACUUCCAGUACUAAAUACUUAAAAUUUUGAGUAUACUCAACUCAAAAUGGAAAGAAGUAUACUUACUGACAUACUCAAUAGUAUGGAAGUAUGUGAUUUGGGACACACCUAUAGAGUACGUGUUUGUAUGUUUAUAGAAUUGACGUCAACUCGGACAUUACAAAGAUGUCGCUUCAUGCAUUUGUUUUUUGUGUUUGUCUAGCAUGACAUACCAAGAGAAGCUGAACGGCUCCGGGAGCGUCAAACAUUGUCACGACAACAGCCAUGCGCAGGCUGACCGUGAGGGAGAGAAGAAACAGGCCCGGAGGAGGUUGUAUCUGGUCUCCGUCAUUUGCCUGAUUUUCAUGAUCGGUGAAAUCCUUGGUGAGUUAUUUAAACUUUUAAUUCCUGAUUUUUCACCCUAUGCCCCUAAUUUGAAUGGUUUCCCCUUUAUACACACAUUUAAACAUGCCUUAUACUCAAUUCUAUUUCUACUAGAUCUAGAAAAAACUACAUCCUGCACCUUUAGAUCAUACAAUAACAGGUGGACUGCAUUAGAUCAUCACACAAUGGUGUGAUCAUUAACAUCCUGCAAGUAUAUCACAUAAGGCUCCUCAGCCACUCCCUAGCCUGUGACAAUAUUAGCUAGAAAGUGGCAGAGGUCCACAAGUAAACUAAACUUGAUAAAGCAUCUUUGAUUGUCCUUAAAUGUCCAGUUCAUUGUCACUUAUUGAUCAGUUUGUGUCUGAUUUAAGGAUGUAUGAGUUUACAGAUAUGAUUUAAAAGUUGAAACACAUCAACAAGAAGCUUAAAACUUUUGGCUUACCAUGUGACGUCAGAGAGGAAAGGCUUCAGGGUGAAUUUGGUUUCCUCUCGCCAAAAACAAGGAGAAGCUUUAUAUCCUCCUUGACUCUGAAAACCUCCCCAUUCACCUCCACUCAAAUGGUCAUUCUUCUGAGCUACCUCAUGACUUGUUCACCCCCCUUUACUGUCUUUCCUUUUUUGUUAUUUAUGCUUUGAUUACUUUCUGCAUAAUGAGAAUCCAGCAUUUCAGCUGCAUAUAUGAGGAUAUUUUAAGAAUACGGUCUGAUCUGUCUGCAGGUGGGUAUUUUGCAGACAGUCUUGCGGUGAUGACAGACGCCGCUCACCUGCUGGUAGACUUCACCAGCUUCAUCAUCAGCCUGAUAUCCCUCUGGCUCUCCUCCAGACCUGCCACACAUAAGCUGAGCUAUGGCUGGCAUCGUGCAGGUACAGUAUUAUCAUCAUCUCUGUUAUAAUAAGUGUCAAAUGUUUUUAAAGCUCUGUUAUCUUGAUGGUUAAGUCACAAAAAUAGACACUUUUGGAUGACGUUUUUAUAGUACCAAGACUCUACUUCCUCACCUUUUUUGGCCCCUUUACUUAAAAGUUGAUUAUUUUUUAACUCCUUUUCUUUUUUAACCCCUGCAGAGAUCUUGGGUGCACUCCUGUCGAUCUUCACCAUCUGGCUUGUAACCGGGGUGUUGGUGUAUCUGGCUGUGGAGCGUAUCAUCCACGAUGACUACACCAUUGAAGGCACGAUCAUGCUCAUGACCUCCGGUUGUGCUGUUCUGGCUAAUAUUGUGUGAGUAGAAUAUACACACUCUGGUCUCUUCUCUCUCUGCAGGGUUUAUCUGCACAUUUUUUUACUUAUUAUUGCUUUAAGCCCGUCGUUGAGGAUGCCAAUACUUAGUCCAAUUUCAUGGAGCACAUUUUGGGGUUAUGUUGCCAUAAUACCUUGUAUCUCUGAGCUGAUUAAUUUCAUAAUCUGGUAAUGCUUUGUUCCUGUUCUCAAUAGCAUGGCGCUUACGCUUCACCAGUCCGGCCAUGGCCACAGUCACGGGGGUCUUAGCUCACAUGGGCACGGCCACAGUCAUGGAGGUCGUGGCUCACAUGGGCAUAGCCACAGUCACAGCAAAGGAAAAGGAGUGAAAAUGGUGCCGAACAUUUCCAACUGCAAAGAUGACCACGUAGAUCCAGAGCACAACGGAGUUGAUCAUAGUAAGCUCCGAGAACAGAAGUCUUGACCUUCAAGUUUAAAAGAAGUUUGGAUGAUUUUAAAACGUUGAUAAUAACAGAUUUUGAUCAAUUAAAAGUCAUUUAAACCCCAAAUGUAGUUAAAAAUAGUGCAAAGACAACAUUUUAGAAGCUAAAACUUCAACUUUUUUUGUUUUAUACUAACAUAAUCAUGCAUCUGAUGCAUCAGAGAAGAUUUGGACGGGGAAAACAAAAACUGACAAAGAAGAAUAAUAUAAGAAAUAUACCUAGAGGAACAUCCUCAAACUCAUUGGGCUCAUGUGCAACAGGUUGAUAACAUGAAUGGGUAUCAAAAGGGAACUUUUGGAGAGAGGUUCAACUCUCUGUGUUAGCAAGUAAUUCAACAACUUACUAAAUAAUCUUCCUUGGUAUAAAAUUCAAGAACUUUAAGGAAACCAUCGUAUGUGAACACUUCAACUUCUUUUGUUUUAUACAAACAUAAUCAUGUUACAUUUGAUACCAGCGAUGCAUCAGAAAAGAUUUGGAUGGGGAAAACAAAAACUGACAAAGGUGUGUAAUAUAAGAAACAUACCUGGAGGAACAUCUCCAAACAAGUUGGACUAAGUAAUUCAGCAACUUAAUGAAAAAUCCUCCUCAGUAUGAAAUGCAAGAACUUUAAGGAAACCAUUGUAUGUGAACACAGUUUACACUCAUCCACAAAUGAAGAUUAAAACUCCAAAAUGCAAAAGUGUUUCCAUGAAACAGUCAAUUUUUUAAACCCUACAUUUGGUGUCUUUGCACUAUUUUUGAUUAAUAAAGAGAUAAAAGGAUUUGAAAAACAAACAUAAUCAAUUUUUAACAUUUUACACACUUUUUGAAGAAUAGGCAUUGUACAGCUUAACCCCUUAUAUUGAAUAUUCUACUUAAAUGAUCAGGAGGAGGAAGGACUCAACAAACCAAUGCCAGCGUCCGUGCCGCCUUCGUCCAUGUGGUGGGGGAUCUUCUGCAGAGCAUAAGCGUGCUUGUUAGUGCCAUAAUCAUCUACUUUAAGGUAAGGAGCGUGUAAGCAACGUUGGGAUUCUUACCAAGUGAAGCUUAAGGAGAUGAGGAGCGCAGAGUAGGUCUGACUCAAGGUUUUUAAUGUUCUAGAGAUGCCCUUAACCAUUAUCAAUUAUUCUUGUCUUUCAGCCUGAAUAUAAGAUUGCUGAUCCUAUCUGUACCUUCCUGUUCUCCAUCUUCGUCUUGUGCACAACCUUCACCAUCAUGAGGGAUAUUCUCCUCGUCCUGAUGGAGGGUAAGCCUCUCCGUCUCAUUCCUCUUGAGUCCUUGAUUCUUCUCAGAGUCGUAGAGUUACAGCUCACCUGUUCCUCUCAGGUACUCCUGCUGGUGUGAAGUACAGUGAGGUGCGAGAUCAUCUGCUGUCAGUGAAGGGGGUGACAUCCAUCCACAACCUCCACAUCUCGGCCCUCACCAUGAACCAGGCUGUACUAUCUGCACAUGUGGCCAUUGGUAAAAAGAAAAUAGACGUUCUGAUCUAAUUGGCAUUGUUCAAACACAUCUAUAUUCAGGAUGACCAAUGUGUUUAUUUCUUUCCUCUCUCCUCCACAGACGAGUCGGUGGAUCCUCACGCUGUCCAAAGAGAAAUAACGCAGGCUUGUUUCUCCUCCUACAACUUCCACUCUGUUACAAUCCAAAUAGAGAGACAGUUCGAUCAGAAUCCCAUGUGCAAACUGUGCGAGGACCCACAGAUGUAGCAGCGUAAGGCCAAAUGACAGCUGUUUUAACCUCAGUACACAACAUUUAGUCACCCUGCACUGCUCCUAGGACCCAGAGGUCUUGUAUCCCACUGUGGUGUUAAGGCCACCGUGUACGGCUGUGCUUUAAGUGCCUUUGUGUUGACACUCUUGAAGAAAUGGGGCUGAAUGAAACUUUAAAUGAUUUUAGACGGACAAGUUUUAAACUUGCUUUAAACUUGAUAUUCUUUUUUUUUUCUUUUAAGUGAACACGUGAUAGAAUAGAAAGUACAAUGCACUGUAGAAAGUAAACGCUCAUCUUUUUUGAAUCUAUAAAUGUUCAUGAUUGAGUAACUUUGAAGUCAUAUAUCUAUCGACUACCUUGAAAUACUAUUUACCUUGUUACAUUUGGGGAAACAUUCAAGCCGUGGAAGUACUAUUUGUUUCAGUAUUUACUACUUGCACCAAUCGUAAGAAUAGUUUACAGCCACAGGCAAUGAAACUUGGUCUGGUAUGUAAAUAUAUACAUCAUAAAUAUUUCUAUGCAUGGAAAACUAACAAGCAAC